AUGCCGGGUAUACUCUGGCUGACUGGUUUCCCGUCGCUAAGACUCUGGUCACGCCUCGUGGUACAUUUUUGGGCAUCCGCCGUCGACGGGCUGUCGGCGGGGUCCGAUGUCGCCGGCUCGCCCAACGAACCCGACCCCAUAUCUGCCCUACAGGCAGCCUACGAGCACACGGUCGAGGCAACUGGCCAGCACGACUGGCAGGGCACGACGACGGCGUGCGGAGCCCAGCUGCACUGCGCCGUGCGCCGUCGCGAUACCGAUACCGAUACCGACAUCGAGGGCGCGAGCGGGGGCACGCCCUCUCCCGUCCUGUACGCCACAAACCUGGGGGACAGCCAGGUCAUGGUGCUCCGCCCGAGCGACAAGCGCAUCAUCUACAAGACAAAGGAGCAGUGGCACUGGUUCGACUGCCCGCGACAGCUGGGUACUAACAGCCCUGACACCCCCCGGGAAAACGCCGUUCUCGACGUCGUGGACCUGCGGGAGGGCGACGUGGUCCUCGCCAUGACGGACGGCGUCAUAGACAACAUGUGGGAGCACGAUAUCCUCGACACGGUCCUGCGUGCCAUCCACCACUGGGAGACGAACCCAUUGUCGAAAAAGGACGACGGCGUCGACCGCUCCGGUGGGCGGAACGGGGGCAUGACGAUGGCUGCCCAGGAACUUGUCGCCGCGGCUAAGCAGGUUGCUAUGGAUCCCUUCGCUGAGAGUCCGUUCAUGGAGCAUGCCAUCGAGGAAGGCUUGGCCAGUGCAGGAGGUGGGAACAUUCCAUUCAAGGACUUGCAUGGAAACCUGAUGAUAUCAGCGUCGUGGCUGCGUUAUGUGUGA